GCUGGCGGUACAUGGGACCAGCGCCGUCGUCGUUGCGCGUCCAUGGCGAGUUCCGGCAGUUCGUCCGUCAAUGGGAUAUCAUGGAUGUCGCGGUAGCACGAAUGAAGUACAAGCUGCUCACGUUGCGGUUCUGUGUCAACAUGGAGCAGCUCUCACGCAUCUUGGGACGUCAAUUACCCGACCCGCUUGUGACUCUCAUCUUCCAAGUGUUUGCGCCGAAAAGCAUUCGCAUGGCGCCGACAGUACCUGUGGUCGACGUCUUUGAAGUUUUUGCGGGUCUAAUCUUGGUGUGUCAAGCGACCUUGUCUCAACGAGUUGCCUCUCUCUUCGAUCUCGCCGACGUUCAGGGAAGAGAAGCACUGAGCAGCACUGAACUGUCCAUUUUGCUUUGCGCUGUGGCGCGCAGCAUCGUCAAGUUGACGUCGCCGCCGUAUCUUAUCAUGCCCGAGACAGUGCAGCAGUUUGCCUUGUCGUGCAUAUCCGAUCAAGCCAAACGAGUCGACUCAAUUGACAAGUCAACAUUUUGCACAUGGGCACUCAACAAUGCGCUCUUUACUUCGUACAUUCGCGUGUGCACUGGUCAAGACUUGCCUCGCCUGUACGUUGGGCUGGAGAAGGCGAAUGCGUUGGUCGGAUACAUCGAGUUCGACUCGAUUCCCCACAUGCAAUCGACAUCUGUCGACGGCUUACGCAAGCUAUCGGUGUCGCAGCUCGGCUUGGUACUUCCCCCCGACUUCGGAUUCUUGUCGCAAGGUCGAAUGGUGGCGAAAUCGAAAGAAACGAAUGUCAAGGCGUGGAGUUUAAUUCCAUUUGCGGUCCUGGGAACACCUGGCAUGCACGUGGACGACCCGGUCUACCGCUCAAAGGCAUUGCUGGCAGGAACUGCAUCGAACCCCCAUCCAAAUGAUCGCCCGCUUCAGCCCUUUCAGUUCCGUUAUCACUACCACUUUGUCGAAUCCCACGGACUCCGCGUUCAAACGAUUCAACCGGUGGCCAGACACCGGCACUUUCGGUUGCGAGGAGAACGCGUGUACUGGCGACCAAGCCAGUACUGGUGCGGCGACUGGAUAGUGAACCAGUCACGCAUCGCGUCGAAUUCUCGCACGUGCCUCCGCCAGAAACUCAAGAAACAACAACUCCUGCCGUCUCGGGGCAUGGUUGUGAAGGACAUAUAUGGCAGAAUCGUGUCGAACAACCCAAAAUUGCCCCAUGUGCAGUCCAAACUUCGCCUCCUCGCGCUUGACACCCAGCUUUCGAAUGAUACGUCGUCGGGGGACGUUCAAGCAUCUGCAAUGAUUGUCGACAUGGCUGGAGACAAGAAGAUGGUGUCGAGAGGCCACUCGCGCAUCGUGGGCGCGCUACGACGAUCCAAAAUGACCCAAACCACCAAGGAAUGUGCAAAAUGGACGGUCAUCGACGCCCGUGCAGCCUUGCCCAACGAAUGGUCCUCGACGACCACGUCACUGUCGUUGGAGAGUGACCAAGUGCAAGGAUUCCCUGUGGUGUGGAUUCGGCCGUUGUCGGAACCGACGCCGCCAUCCCUCGACGACAUUGACAUCUCCAAGAAGAACCCGACCCUACAGAAUCUACUGCAAGCGAUCAUUCAAACACUUGCGGACAAGCGCGCUAUCAAUGCGCAAGAUGUGUUUGGUCGGACGUUGAUGCAUCAUGCUGCCGUGUAUGGCCACUACCGUCUUCUUGACGUCCUCUUGGCCGAGCACGCGCUUGUGCAUGUCACCGACAGCCAGCACAACACCCCGCUUCACGUGGCCGCCAGUCGUUGCCGCUUAAAAGAAGUCAGUGCAUUGCUCACGAACGGAGCGUCGACGACAGCGUUAAAUGUUCACCACCAACUACCGCUGCACUUGGCCUUGUACUCGGCAAGUCGACAGCGCAACAAGGUCAAGUCGAACGACGUGUUAACCAAGUACACUGUCAUGGAACAAGUCGUGGAUUUGCUGUGGGAUCGCACGCCGUCCGAGUGGUGGCACGUUCCAGACGUGUACGGCGUCACCAUCUUCGAGUUGGAGCAAUCGAUUUUCGGCGACAUGUUUGAAGCAGCACGCGCGGGCUUGGUUCCUCGCAUCCAACACUUGCUCGAGUCGAAAAAGGUUCGCGAUAUCAACACACCCAUGUCUGUGUUGCAGCGAACGGCGCUCCAUGAAGCGUGCGAGCGGGGCCGGUACAAUGCGUGCGACUUCUUUGUACGGCAUGGUGCCGAUGUUUUUGCGCAAGACUGGAAGGGGUCUACGCCGCUGCACGUGGCAGCCCCCCGGGGAUAUGAUAAAAUUGUCGAGCUUCUCGUGCACCAGUACCCGACAUCUACGCUCGUGCAAGACAUUAGUGGGAAAACAGCGCUGCAUUUGGCGAUUGAAACAUCAAAAACCAGCGUCGCGAUGUAUUUGAUCCGACGCAUGUCCAACCUUCAAAUCCAAGACGCGAGUGGGUACACGCCCCUGCACGUGGCGUGCUUGGUAGGAAACAAGGACGUGAUCAUCGCGCUCUUGGCUGGAGGGGCGAACCCAUCCUUCUGCCGUCUCAGCAUCCCAUCGCCCACUGCCGGCCCUGCCAAACGUCUCAAGUCGCCGCACUUGCUCGGUUUGUACUGGAAACGGCGGACUGGCACGACAGUUGUGAUCGAGCACUGUGUGGAAUGCUUGAUCCGGGGAUGGGCCAUCAAGCUUUUCACGCCUGACUCGGCAACGUACUUUGACUUAUUCAAACUUUUCUUGCAAACCGAUGGAGGCUGGUCGCUGCAUUCCACCGACUGUACGAACCAACCGAUGGUGCAUCAUGUCGUGGCUCGGCUCGCAAACAACCCGAGCAUCGUUGUGCAAUGUCUGGAAGAACUCGCAAAAGUCCACUUGCUUUCGAUCAACCAUCAGGACCCCCACGGCAACACACUACUUCUUCAGGAAUGUAAACGUGUGUGCUUCAACAAAACCACGGCAUCGCUCGCGGUGGUGCGAAGCCUCCUUCACCAUGGUGCAAAUCUGCACCUGGCCAACAAUGCACAAGAGAGCCCGAUGCAGUGUGCCGCGUUCUUUGGGCACGACGCCUUGUUGGAGCUUCUAUUGGACACUGUGACGCCAGACUUUCUCGCUAAGAGCGCCCAGGUCUCCAACUCCCCCCUCCAUUUGGCAUGCCUCGGUGGCCACGUCUCAACGAUCCAAAUCCUGCUGUCUUGUGGAGCUGUCUUGAAUGGAUGUGCUGAAGAACCCCCCCUCUGUUAUGGCAUCCGAUCGGGCAAACCCGAUGUGGUGCAGUUCCUUCUCCAUCGGGGUGCGGAGGUCAAUAUAUGGUGCCCCCUCGCCCGCACAAUCCAUAGCUUUGGCCACGUGAGUCGUCUGUACGAACCCGUCGACAUGGGAUCGCCCUUGACUUUGCUCCUUCACCUUGUACCCUCGCGGGUGUUUCAACUCCCAACGUAUGAUGUGCCUCCAACCCAGCCAGAGCUCCUCGCCGAGAACCAGCAUAUUUAUCUCUCAAAGCAAGAACUUGCCCAUCGGGAUAUUUGGCGCUCGUGGCAAAACAUCGGCAACUUGCUGUGCACGAAACUCCACGAGAUUGACUCAGCACUAAGAGUCCAUGUAUACGCUCCCGACAUGACGCGAGCAUGCGAAUUGGGCUUUUGGGCAAUUGCGCACCAGCUCUUGACCACUCGUCGCAUAAGUUUUCCUCGAAUUUGCGAUGACGUGGGCGAGAAAGAAGCCAUCCACCACGCCGCUGCGGCCGGUCAAACUGCGAUCGUCUCAGCGUUGGUGGCAAGCGGUGUAAAUCCAAACGUCCGAGUCAAACACAUAACACGGCCGCUGGGUAAACGCAACGCCCAACCCGCGAAAUUUGCCGUUGGGCCACUUUAUUUCGCAUAUUCUCGCGGCCAGUUGGUGACUGCCGCAAAGUUGCACGUCCUUGGCAGCACGAUGGAGAGCUUGCCGACAUUGCGGUCAUCAAUUGUGCUCAACGGUGGUCUGAAUGGCUGGAUGAAGCUGCAGUACAUCGUCGGCCGUCGUCGCGAUUGCCUGCUAUAUAGCCAACACGCCAACAUGGUGCGGCAUCUCGAGCAAGCUGUCCGUCUUCAGUGGUCGCUCGUGCAUGUGGCUUGCCAACGAGGUUCCUUGCACCUGCUCCAAUUCUACUUCAAGGCGGGCAUGUCGCUCCAUGAUCUUACCCCGAAUGCUGGACACACGCCUUUGACACUAGCUAUUCAGUCCCAGCAACUGGAAUUGGUCGAGUGGAUCUGCGAAAACCAUCCCGCCGCGCUUCAAGUAAAAGCUCCCCACUUGCCGCUGCCAACGGCAUGUGGGCUUGCAGCCAACAGUUCAGUAAAACCAGCAUUGGUAAAACUCUUGCUGCAUCACAGCCUGCUUGCCGUGUCUGAUGCGGGGGACGACGGUCACCAAGCUCUCGACCGAGCCGCUCUCGUUGGAGACUCUGCUGUGGUGGAUCACCUCAUCUCUGUAGCUCACGCCAAACCGACCAUACAAACGGUCGUUGCGGCCCUCAGCGGUCAAAAUGGCGACUCCAUCGCUCGCAUCGCAGCGUCGUGGCGCUCCAUGGAAGGCGCAACGUUCGACCACCUUCUUCGCAUCUUCAUCCUCGCGUCGUCACAAAGUCAGUGGUCACUCUUGCACCAUCUCUUGAUGAUGACCGAGGCAGCAGUCGAUCCCGUUGCGACGUGGAUCCGACGGGCAGCGUCUUGUUGCUUGAUCAUGCAUCGCGCGGCGGCGGCGAACCAAAUGGAGGUGGUCAAACUGUUGUUGCGACAAGGUGUCCCCGCCGAUCUGGUCGUCGUCGAAAUCCCUGGCACGAAAUCGCCAAUCUGGUAUGCUGCCAUCCAUGGAGCCCUGGACUCGUUCUUGGCCCUCGUCUUGCACUUGCCGCCAACCCAGUCGUGCCUUCCAGCACUUUUCCAACACCGCACAACAAAGGUGGCGCUCAAUUGCUUGUCCUUGCCGCUUCACUCCAUUGAAACGACGGAUGUUGUCCGCAUCGAUGGCUGUGAAGCAUGCACGUGGCGAAAUCUGUCGGGGCUUUCCUGCUACCAAACCGACGCUACCAAGCCAUUGCGAAUCAUCCACCGGUGCAUCCAAUACUGGAUCGCUCACAUUCAGCAGCAGCCGCAAAACCAAGACAACCAAACGCUGCUGCACUUGGUGGCCAAGUCGGGUGACCUUGCGACUGUGCAAGCCGUCGUCCAAAGCGGAGCGUCCCUUGAGGCCAUGAACAACUACAUGCAGUCGCCAGCGAUGAUAGUGGCCCAACGGCGCGAUGUCACGGGGACAAGAGUACUCGAGUUCAUGUGGCCGAUGUUGUCGGAGGACCAGAAAGCGAAAGCAUGUCAAGCCUGCACACAGGUUGAUCCACUCAACUUGGCGACGCUGCGAUUUUGCCUGCAAGAGACCAAGUUCUGCAAAGAGAUGACGUAUGCGUCAUCCAUUAUGUCUGGAAACAAGCCUGCAGUCGACCUCCUGCUUGCGGCAAAAGUCCCCAUCGAACGCACCGUGUGGCAAACCCUUGUGCUGGUGCUCCAGUCUCGACAAGGCAAACACUGCCAAGGGAUGGUCGAGUCGUUGCUGCCUGUUCUGGACGUGUCGGUGUCAUUGCCGCUGGUUGCGAGCAUCGCGUCGUGCGCGGCAAACUUCCACUGGUGGAAAAUUGUCCGACGCUUGCUUCAGAUGUUCAAUGUGCCGUUGACCAGAGCACUCAACGUGUCUCCACAGGAAACCGAGUCAAACGGCCGCCAGUCCACGAUGCACGUGGCCGUGUCGUGUGGCGAGCACCACGUCAUUCAGCACCUACUCCAACAGGGUUGGGACUUGACAAUUGACCGCAAAGGCCAAUCGCCUCUGCACGUCAUUGCUUGGAUCGGCGACACUGGGUUGUUUCAACUGUUCCAGCGGUUCGUUUCAAAGGAGCGCUUGGUUGCUGUGCUGGACACGAAAGACUCGACAGGCUAUACCGCUCUGCACAUCGCUGCGAUCCGAGGUCACUUAGCAAUCUUGGAAGCCUUUCAAGCUGCAGGUGCCAGUGCAGAAAUCCGCACUGCACAGGGGUGGACCCCAGCAUUGCUAGCUGCCAAACACAAUCAGCUCCACAUCGUCAUGCAAUUUGUUUUGCAAAAGCCUGCUCAUGCCUUGUUGGAAACCUUGCAAGGCGAGCCGAUCGCGGUCGUCGCAGCCAAGUUUGGAGCGUUCCGCAUUGUGAGUUGGCUCCUCUUGACUCUCAACAUGACCCCUCCAGCUGUGCAAGCCCUUGUCUCGUCCGAUGGGUGCACUCUGGUGCACUAUGCAGCCCUGCACAACCAGCUUGCGUUUUUGGCGUCGAACACGUGCCUGAGCCAGUGCAUCAAUACGAAGGACUCAUAUGGGUGUUUGCCACUGCACUAUGCUCUCAUGCAAGGACGGUUGGGCGUGAUUCAGUACUUGUGCUGGAAUGGAGCUCACGUUCAUGGCCCGAUUCAAAGCCCCUUGAUUAGUUCGGCAUCGUUUGACAUCGCGAUGGUUUUGACGUGGUCCCCACUCCCCGGUUGGUUUUCCCAUCUUCUGACAGCCCCCGUCCAAGUACCAGCGCAAGAUGCGCCGGCGUGGAAGGUCAUCAACCCUCGCCAUGUAAACCUCCGAACCUGGAACUUCCCGACGUCGUCGCUCUUGGAGUUUGCGACCGCAACAGGCCUCGCGACCACGGUCUCGUUCGUCAUGAGCGUCCUGCGCUACUUGCCGAUGCUGUGUGCCGGAACCCUCGACGUUCGCCAACGCAUCUUCAUGUCGGCUGUGUCGUUGAACCACGUUGAUGUUGUCGACAUCCUUUUGACGUCGGAUGUAAUCCACGUGAUUGAAGACCCCCUCGACCACACGCAAAUUCAGUGUCAAUACUUUGGCGACUUUGUCGACAUUGCGAUUCAGCACAGCGCCCACCGUGGCCUGGAAGCGAUGACGUUGUGUCUGCUGCGCCAUUGGAAAGGCAGCGUCGGGCUGGGCCACGGCAAGGACACCGAGUCCACGGCCGACUUUGCCUUCCAAUUUGCUGUCGUUCUGCAGUACGCAUGCAUAUUUGGCCGCGUCAACUUGAUCCGGCACUUGGUCGCGCGAGGCGGGUCGACGAUCUUGGGCUACCGCGUCGACGAAGGUCCUGCUCUCGUGUAUGCGUUUGCAUUUGGCCAACUCGAUGCUGUGAGGGUGUUGAUGCAAUUGGGAGCUGAAAUCAGCGCGCUCGACACGUACCACGCCCCAUCGCUCAAGCGGUGGCUGGAAUUCAAAGAGCCCUCGAUGGUGCAAAUCGAAUGGCACGACCAUCCAUCGCCACCCACCAAGCCAUCACGUCGGCGACGGAAAUUUUGUGGGCCAGUCGAACGAUACGAUGUCGUCGAGCGACUACCUCGGGACAUGCUCGAGGCCAUCGUUCACGCGUUCUUGUAAUUUGCGCAACUACUCUGGAGCAGAACGAUCAUCGCCCGCUUUCCGAACGGCCCUGUUGAAAGAGUUGACAUGGAUAUCUAUUGAAGCUGCGCCACCUGCCAGGCAAAACCAAAAUGCUGGGUAGUUAGUUCUCUAUGCAUGUGCGCCAAACUACAUUAGAGCUGUGUGCAUGUACACGUCUGGUAUGUCCUGGAAGGCAUGAAUAUCGAUACAAUGGGUGCUGCCGC